CGCGGAGGGGCCGGCGGAGAGCCGCGGAAGUGCACUUGCUGCAGCCAUUUCCUGCUCUUUGUGCGGGCGGCGCGGAGCAUCCCGCGGAGCAUCCCGCGGAGCAUCCCGCGGCGCGGAGCAUCGCGCCCGCCGAGCGCAGGUUACCCAGGGCCUGGGCAUCAGAGCUGAAGAAGAAUCCCAGAUCCUCAGGAGGUGACCAGAAGUGUGGAAACUGAACAUCCAGAACCAUGACGACUCACGUCACGCUAGAGGAUGCCUUGUCCAACGUGGACUUGCUGGAGGAGCUGCCUCUGCCAGACCAGCAGCCAUGCAUCGAACCACCUCCCUCCUCCAUCAUGUACCAGGCUAAUUUUGACACAAACUUUGAAGACAGAAAUGCCUUUGUGACCGGCAUUGCCAGGUACAUCGAGCAGGCGACGGUGCACUCCAGCAUGAAUGAGAUGCUGGAAGAAGGCCACGAGUACGCCGUGAUGCUCUACACGUGGAGGAGCUGCUCACGAGCCAUCCCUCAGGUGAAAUGUAACGAACAGCCAAACCGAGUGGAGAUUUAUGAGAAGACGGUGGAAGUUCUGGAGCCAGAAGUCACCAAGCUUAUGAAGUUCAUGUAUUUUCAGCGCAAGGCGAUCGAGCGGUUCUGCAGUGAGGUGAAGCGCCUGUGCCACGCUGAGCGGAGGAAGGACUUUGUCUCCGAGGCCUAUCUCCUCACUCUGGGCAAGUUCAUUAACAUGUUUGCCGUCCUGGAUGAGCUGAAGAACAUGAAGUGUAGCGUCAAAAAUGACCAUUCUGCUUACAAAAGAGCUGCCCAGUUUCUGCGGAAGAUGGCAGACCCCCAGUCCAUCCAGGAGUCCCAGAACCUCUCCAUGUUCCUGGCAAACCACAACCGCAUCACACAGUGCCUGCACCAACAACUAGAGGUUAUCCCUGGCUACGAGGAAUUGCUGGCUGAUAUUGUCAACAUCUGUGUGGAUUAUUAUGAAAACAAGAUGUAUCUUACUCCAAGUGAGAAGCACAUGCUCUUGAAGGUGAUGGGGUUUGGCCUGUAUCUCAUGGAUGGGAAUGUCAGCAACAUUUACAAGUUGGAUGCCAAGAAGAGAAUCAACCUUAGCAAAAUAGACAAAUUCUUCAAGCAGCUGCAGGUGGUUCCUUUAUUCGGCGAUAUGCAGAUAGAACUGGCCAGAUACAUUAAGACCAGUGCUCACUAUGAGGAGAACAAAUCCAAGUGGACGUGCACUCAGAGCAGCAUAAGCCCCCAGUACAACAUCUGUGAGCAGAUGGUGCAGAUCCGAGAUGACCACAUCCGCUUCAUCUCGGAGCUCGCUCGCUACAGCAACAGCGAGGUGGUCACUGGCUCAGGACUGGACAGCCAGAAAUCAGAUGAGGAGUACAGGGAGCUCUUUGAUCUCGCUCUACGGGGACUGCAGCUGCUGUCCAAGUGGAGUGCCCACGUCAUGGAAGUGUACUCUUGGAAGCUGGUUCAUCCCACAGAUAAAUUCUGUAACAAAGAUUGCCCAGGAACAGCUGAAGAGUAUGAGAGAGCCACCCGGUACAACUACACCAGUGAAGAGAAGUUUGCCUUUGUGGAGGUAAUUGCCAUGAUCAAAGGUCUGCAGGUGCUGAUGGGCCGGAUGGAGAGUGUCUUUAACCAGGCCAUCCGCAACACCAUCUACGCGGCCCUGCAGGACUUCGCCCAGGUGACCCUGCGGGAGCCGCUCCGCCAGGCUGUCAGGAAGAAGAAGAACGUCCUGAUCAGUGUCCUUCAGGCAAUUCGGAAGACAAUCUGUGACUGGGAGGGAGGUCGAGAGCCUCCAAAUGAUCCUUGCCUGAGAGGUGAGAAGGAUCCUAAAGGUGGAUUUGAUAUCAAAGUCCCACGACGAGCAGUAGGACCAUCAAGCACGCAGCUUUACAUGGUGAGGACCAUGCUGGAGUCCCUGAUAGCAGACAAGAGUGGCUCAAAGAAGACCCUGAGGAGCAGCUUGGAUGGGCCAAUAGUCUUGGCCAUUGAGGAGUUCCAUAAGCAGUCCUUCUUCUUCACCCACCUUCUCAACAUCAGUGAAGCACUGCAGCAGUGCUGCGACCUGUCCCAGCUCUGGUUCCGGGAAUUCUUCUUGGAGCUGACCAUGGGCCGCCGCAUCCAGUUCCCCAUCGAAAUGUCCAUGCCCUGGAUCCUCACAGACCAUAUUCUGGAAACCAAAGAACCCUCCAUGAUGGAGUAUGUGCUGUACCCCUUGGACCUCUAUAAUGACAGCGCAUACUAUGCUUUGACCAAGUUCAAAAAGCAGUUCCUAUACGAUGAAAUUGAAGCUGAAGUGAAUUUGUGCUUUGAUCAAUUUGUGUACAAGCUGGCUGAUCAGAUCUUUGCCUAUUAUAAAGCAAUGGCUGGCAGUGUUUUAUUGGACAAACGUUUCCGGGCUGAAUGCAAGAAUUACGGGGUGAUCAUCCCGUACCCACCAUCCAACCGCUACGAAACGCUGCUCAAGCAGAGGCACGUCCAGUUGCUGGGUAGAUCAAUUGACCUGAACAGGCUCAUUACCCAGCGCAUCUCUGCAGCAAUGUACAAAUCAUUAGACCAGGCCAUUAGCCGCUUUGAGAGCGAGGACCUGACAUCCAUAGUGGAGCUGGAGUGGCUCUUGGAAAUAAAUCGCCUGACUCACAGGUUGCUGUGCAAGCACAUGACCUUGGACAGCUUCGAUGCCAUGUUCCGGGAGGCCAAUCACAACGUCUCCGCGCCCUAUGGGCGCAUCACCCUCCACGUCUUCUGGGAGCUCAACUUCGACUUCCUACCCAACUACUGCUACAAUGGAUCCACCAACAGGUUUGUGAGGACAGCGAUCCCGUUCACGCAGGAGCCCCAGCGAGACAAGCCAGCCAAUGUUCAGCCCUAUUACCUCUAUGGAUCCAAGCCUCUCAACAUUGCCUACAGUCACAUCUACAGCUCCUACCGCAAUUUCGUGGGGCCACCUCAUUUCAAGACAAUCUGCCGCCUUCUUGGCUACCAGGGCAUUGCAGUGGUCAUGGAAGAGCUGCUGAAGAUCGUCAAGAGCCUGCUCCAAGGCACCAUCCUGCAGUAUGUGAAGACUCUGAUCGAAGUAAUGCCCAAGAUAUGCCGCUUGCCAAGACAUGAAUAUGGCUCUCCAGGAAUCCUGGAGUUUUUCCAUCAUCAGCUGAAGGACAUCAUUGAGUAUGCAGAGCUGAAGACUGAUGUGUUCCAGAGCCUCAGAGAAGUGGGCAAUGCCAUUCUCUUCUGCCUCCUUAUCGAGCAGGCUUUGUCCCAGGAAGAAGUUUGUGAUUUGCUGCAUGCUGCUCCCUUCCAAAAUAUUUUGCCCAGGGUCUACAUCAAAGAAGGAGAACGCUUGGAGGUGCGCAUGAAGCGUCUCGAAGCCAAGUAUGCCCCACUUCACCUGGUUCCCUUAAUAGAGAGGCUGGGCACUCCGCAGCAAAUAGCCAUCGCCCGGGAGGGUGACCUGCUGACCAAGGAGCGGCUGUGCUGCGGGCUGUCCAUGUUCGAGGUGAUCCUGACGCGGAUCCGGAGCUACCUGCAGGACCCCAUCUGGCGCGGGCCGCCCCCCACCAACGGGGUCAUGCACGUGGACGAGUGCGUGGAGUUCCACCGGCUCUGGAGCGCCAUGCAGUUCGUGUACUGCAUCCCCGUGGGCACCAACGAGUUCACUGCAGAGCAGUGCUUUGGAGAUGGUCUGAACUGGGCAGGUUGCUCUAUUAUUGUUCUCCUUGGACAGCAACGGCGCUUUGACCUCUUUGACUUCUGCUACCACCUGCUGAAGGUGCAGAGGCAGGAUGGGAAGGAUGAAAUCAUAAAAAACGUGCCCUUGAAGAAGAUGGCCGACAGGAUCAGGAAGUAUCAGAUCCUGAACAACGAGAUUUUUGCCAUCCUGAACAAGUACAUGAAGUCGGUGGAAACAGACAGUUCCACAGUGGAGCACGUGCGCUGCUUCCAGCCCCCAAUCCACCAGUCGCUGGCCACCACCUGCUAGUGUGGACACGGACCCCACGUGGGUUGGGAAGGGAGAAGGGACUGAACCCAAACCAGCUGGGAGGGGUAAACUUGGUGUGAGACCUGGCAGCGAAGUGAUGCUGGGUCUGCCUCUACACCCGAGGACGCAUCUUCCCCUCGGCCCCGUUUGAGUGCAUGUUCCUCUGUACCAUCCCUGUGAUCGGUUUUACUUGUAGCUUUCGGACUUGGGGGCGGGUGGGGGUGGGUGGGCAAAACGUGCUUUUAUUCCAUGAAGUGGUCCAGUUUCUCCCUGUGAUUCACUCAGUCAGACACAUCACUCUGAAGCCAUACUGCAGCCCCCGGCGUGGGAGUCCUGCUGGAAGAGUCCCGUGCUUCCACAGUGCCAGGAACCCGCUCCCACCGCAGGAGCAGUGGGGCAAAUCAGCCCCCCCAGUGACAUGUGCCACUGGCUGCAGAGCAGGAGGGUCUCAAGACAAGUCCCUGAUUCACUCUUUGAGGGGAAGAAGGAUGAAGGCAGGAUGGCACUGAUGGCAGCGCCCUGAGGACAAAGCGAUGGGUGCAGAGGAGCCCUGCCAGGGGGGUCGUGGAUGGCUGUGUGCCCCAGGCUGGGUGGGCUUCAUGCUCUCGGCCUCUCCAGCAUUUGUUAGAGGGAGCUUUGGCAUGUGGGCUUCAGAAUAGCAGUGAUGUAGUCACCAAAUAACUCCUGAGCACUUCAGAGAGCUGGGGAAAGAGAAAAUGGCCUGGCUUUUUCCCUGCUAUGGGACAUCCACUUAUUUUAAAGCAGAGGUUCUCCCCUGAAGACACAUCUUCCAUGGACUAAAUCAGAUUUCCUAUGGACUACAGAAGAGGCUGCAUUCAUGUGAAUGUGCUCUUGAACAUAUUAACUUGGGUGGAAAUAAUCACUGGUCCUGGCAGGAUGCAGGUGUAGUUACCUUGAAUAUAAGGGAUCUUUGAUCUUCAGCCAAGGAUGAGAGCUGGGGUGUAUAAUCUCUGUAUGUUCAGGGAUGCUGUUUUCCCUUGGUUUACACAAAUUCCUAGUGGCACAGUGACCAAAUACCUUUCUUCAGAGAAUGGUGACUAUCAGCAGGGCUUAGGAAAUUUCCCAUCACUCAGAAAUGAUGUAAUUGUUUCAAAGAGGUAAAACAUAGGAUAAGCAUUAAAAAAUACCAAGAAUUUUGCAAGUUUAAAGGCUUUCAGAGGGAAUACUGGAGUCUGUUUCCUUUUCCUACUCAGCUAAUCUAAGAUCCCUGGAUAAUGAGAACAAAUUCAGGUGGAACUUGAAGGAGGAUUUCAUAACUCAUGAUCUUCCCUGCUUCCCCUCAGUAGUGUCGCUGGAGUGAUAAAAAAGCUUGUGCUUGAAGUUAAAGGAGAUCAAACCACAUGCUCCAAGAGAAAAUGAUCCCAGCCUCGCCACUGGCAAUGUUUCCUCAGCUUUAGCCUGGUCACAGCAGGUAAUUGCUGUGACAGUAUACAGAUGUGAUAAUAUAUAUUCCUUUCAUGCAUUUCAUCAGGCCUUGUAAACUGUAUGCUGUUACAGAUGUUAAAAGGCAGAGCCUGGGCGUUAAUUCUCUCAGAAGGAACAUAGAAUUAAUUAGUAGGAAUGUCCCAGCUGCAGUAUUUUGUCUUAGGAAACAACAGCCAAACUACUGUUGGCGAGAGAUGAUCUUGCUGGGUGGGAUGGAUUUCUUCUCUUGGACCUUCAUCACCUACUCCCAUGGAAAUCAAUAAAUACCCCACACAUGACAAGUGCUGGACAUUUUCACACCUUGACAUUCCUUUAAUUACUGAGACAGACAUUUCAACUGCAGGGAUGAAAUUGUGCAGCACAGUAACCUGAAAGUUAACUGAAAUCUCAGGAAGUCUGGCUGAAAUCCUGGAGUGGCGGGGAAGGACCCAGCCCAACAAGGCGAGUUGGUUCCUCCGUGUUGUGAGGAAGAGCAGCAGAAGAGCAUCUGGAACUUGCUGACACUAACAGGGCCCUUGCUCUCUAUUUACUCUUCCACUAAGGAUGUCAGUUCUGUUUUUCCAUCAUGUUCCAACACUUCUACACUACUGGAGUGAGGCUAUUUAAAGAUAUAUAUUUUUAAAAGGAAGAGGAGAAUCAAGCACUUUAUUUUUUGUGGAAAACAAGAUACAAGGAAGAUAGAUCCAACGAAGAUCCAGCUUUUCCUGACCUAAAUAGUAAGUGCUUGUUAUUUUGGUAUGAAAGUGUUGCUGAAAAGGUGGCACAAGUCCCUAUCUGGCUCUCAGAGCCACCUCUAGGCACAGCACAAAUUAAAUGUCCUACUGCAUCUGUUAUUAUGGGAUGUUGGAGUCUUUCCAGAGACCAGCAUGAGCAAGAGGUUGCUACAGAAGGAUGAACUGUACCAAAUGGCCCGGUCUCAGCUAUCUACAAAAUGGGAUGUAGUCAGGUGAAUUUAAAUGCCUGUUUUCAUCUGUUUAGGUCUGAAGUGAGUUGUGAGAUAUUUCACCUAAACCUGUAAAACUCUUUGCAUUCUUUUGCUGUAGUUUUGCCAUAAUGGUUCCUGAAACCCUGCAAAACACCAUUGCACGUACGUGAAAGAACAGGUAGAUGAAAUCUAUUUGUUGCCCUUGGAUUUGCUGGCAAAAAUGUAAAAUCCCUUCAGAUUCAAAGGGAUUAAAUAUUUUGACCAAAAUGUCAAAGUGCAUGAAUGAAAUGUAAAGUGUUUUGACUGUAGAGUGUAUGCAGAUGUUUUGCCUUGUUGCUCAAGUCAUAUGAGAUAUCAGCUAGGAAUAAUCUUAUGGUCUUAAUUUCUGAGAUUUGAUGUUACUGUCCUUUGAUUAUCUCAAGGAUUGAGAUAGUCUUUAGCUUCAGUUCUUUCAUCCUCCUUGACUGUGUAUAAGAAAGAGGUCCAGGCUUAGGUCUUCAAACAACUCUGUGAAAAUGGAUUUCUUUUCCUCCAUCCUUUUUUUAAUGUCAUCACUGUUAAUGGAAAUAGGGAGCAAAUUGUGACAGUAGAGAUAAAUAGUAACAGAUUGCCACAGGUUUGGGCAUAUUCUCCACACUUGAAGACGUUCUGCCAAAUUUGGGUGUCUUCCUUGCAGAUAUGCUCCAAUCCUGUAGUUUUCAGCCUUUUAUAAUCUGGAGACCCCUAAUGUUCUUUUCCUAGGGAAAUGUUGCCCCCUGUCUGAAUACUUCCAAGUCCAGUGACUAUGGACUUGCUUUUUUACCUAUAUUUUCCUCCUUAUGCUGAAGUAGUCUGCAAACUCCCUGGGAUCUACCAGCCACCACUUGGAAUGUCCACUUCAAAGACAAGUUGUUGGCUCAACGCAGGAAUUACGGGGGGGGAGAAAGGAUGGCCUGUGUCAUUAAUGAAAUCAGACUAGGUUAUUUUAAUGUUCCCCCUGGCUUUGCCAUUAUAAAAUGUGACUAUUGGCAGUGCACACGCUUUUCUGGAAUGAUGCUACACUUGACUUUCAAUGCUACAACAGAAAGAGGAAGCAAACUAGUUCAAGCUCAGCACUUCAAUGGUUUUGCUUUUAAACUCUGACAGCACUUAGUAGCAUUGAACAACGUUAGUCCUUUUUCUCCUGCAUUACUCCAGUCCAGUAGGUUCGUGUAUGUUUGAGAAAAAAAGAAAAAAGAAUUGAAGGUGUAAAAAAAACCAAGAAAAUAUUCUCCAAAACUGUUGUCAAAUGUACCAUAUUUGUAUGAAAAGCUGCUUGAGUUAUUUUGUACAAUGAAUUUUAUUUAUGGUGAGGUAUAUUUACGCUUGUGAUCUGAUACAGUGUUAAAUUUUUGAUCCAUAUUUGCUAUGCAGCUGAAGAUGAUAUUUUGGUUUUGUAUUUUUUGCUGUUGUUCUGAAAUACAGCCAACAGAAGCUUCCAUCUCCAUUAGAAGUGCUUCUGCAAGAGUAAAGCAUCUGGUACCUGGUGAUAUGUCCCGUAACACAGCAACCAACAGUGUGUACAACAAAUGUGGGAUGACUUUUGUGAUGAAGAGAAAUAAAAAUUGGGCUCAUUCAUGAAAUGGGCAGACUUUA